AUGGGCAGAAGCAUCCCCGAGUAUCGUGCUGAACAUAAUCGUUCGGCUGUGUCUUUUCAACCCCCAUCACCGCCCGCCAUCGACAAUCGCUAUUAUCACCAAGGCAGAGUCUCAGUGUCAAGAGCAACAACACCUCGCUUGAAUAGGCCGGAAACCAACCGUUUGAGCAUUACGACCUCACUGAACUCCGAACCUGCCUCCCCGACAGACUCGAUUGUACCAUUUUAUUAUGACUACAGUGAGUCGUUCUAUGGCCGACAGGUGUUGCUGCCUCCACCAGCCGAGCAUCCAACCAUUGAGGAGGGUAUCUUCGAGGCGGGAACUACUUCCACAACUCCAGGAUUAUCCGUUCCUGCAGCACAAAGCCCGUUUGGUAUCCAACACGGUUCCAAAUUUAGCCCUACAGAACCUCCAACCAAACACAAUCGUUGCCUCAGUGACCAUCCCUCUCAUCACAGUCGGAGAGUAAGCAGCAAGUCUAAUAGAAGCUUACACGUCCCUUCUCAUCAGACUAUCGAUGAGGAGGAUCAUCAAGAGCCGGAACUUGAGACCUCACACGACAAGAAUCAGGCUGCGUCCAAGGAUGUCAUACGAGCUGUCGAUCGGGCGGAGAUACCCCUUGGCCGAAACUCGACUAAUAGCCUAAGGAAUUGGCCUUCUCCGUCCUCAAGCACGUUCUUCACAAACGCCAGUAGAAGUCCUCGAAACCUCAGUGAUCUUGCAGCUCGAGCUCAUUCCCCCGAAGGUGAGGGAACCCCGAUUGGCAGCAUUGAUGCCGUCACCCAGCAAGAGGAAGGAUCUGAGCGAAAAACGCACCUGCAUGACCCUCAGAUUCGAGGAACGUCUGAAAGUUAUCAGUUGCCCAACCUUAGGUUCAGGCCACUAUCCAUUCACAUCGAUGCGACCUCGAGACCCUUGACCUCUCCUGUCACCAAAGUCCAGGUGACUCCAGAGAUCGUCUGUCCACGUCCUGAACGGCCGACUUCUUCACAAAGCCGCAAGAGAUUUAGCAAAAUACUCGAUGUUGAUCAGGAACAAGACAUUGUCAAUUGCUACAUGCCUAGCCUCAAGGACAACACACAUUUUGUGGAGAGACUCGAACGAGUUGAUGAAGCUAACCCGCUCGAUACACCCUCAGACCGAAGUCCGGAAGUGGUUAGUGCAAGCAAGAAAUUUGCUCAAAGUAAUUUGCAUAGUGCUGGGCCUGGGUCAAGCAGGGACAGGUGGAGUGGUGUCACAAGUCAUGACAUGUCCACUGUCGAAUCACUGCUAGACCGUCAUAUUGAGUGUCUCGGUCUUCGAUCAGGGGAUUGUGAUGCUUCAGAUUCGUCAGCGCUGAACGACAGUGGCAAUGAUUCAAGACAGGUUGCGGAGCUGGAUACUUCUCGAUCAUUAUCGGGAGAUGCAUCCAGAUUUCAAGAGCUACAGCUCGAGUCUAUCGAUCAGCAUCGUCCUACCAGUUUGUCGACUACUGGUCAGCAAAGGCUCAUGCCAUGCAGAUUGUUUGCCGAUACUGCACACAAUAAGUCGCCGGUCUUUCCUCUCGCAAGCUCGGAGUCUCAUUCACGCUUCACACUCUCCUGGCCCGAUGAAAAGUCCCGCCCAUCAUGUGGAUGGCUGCAACUUCCGUCGGACAGCCAUAUCGAUCCCAGAGCCGCACAAGCCAGCAGGCAGACCUUGCUCUCGGGAGAUUACACUGAUGUGGAAAGUGGUCCAACAAUCAAGAAGUUUAAAGUCAGAAAGCAUUUGAGUCGUAGUUUGACACCGGAGUGGUCAUUCAGAAACACUCCGGGUAAUAUCUCAACUGCUACAGACACGACUGAGUCGGACAACAAGAUCACACCUUGCAUGGUGGACGGGAGUCAGGUGAACAGGACCGAGUCUCAAAAACGCCGAAAAUUGAAGAUUCACCUCAGGACCAGAGAUCCCACGAUCAAAAUUUCCGCAAGUAGUGAGUGGCAAUCUACAGACGAGCAGGUCUCACUCAACGUCCUUGAGUUGCACAGACUUGGUUUGACGCGUGCCCCAAUCUCUGCUGUCGAUGGGUUCGCCGAGCUAAGCGGAGUGUCGACAGACGCUUCGCAGCAGUCACUAAAUUCAACGUUGCGUAGCCCUUGUCAGAAAUCACCCGAUACGUGGUCAAGCAUUGUGGCUGCCAUGCCUAUGCCCGCACGCAAAUUGGCAGGCUUGAAGAAAGAGAAUUCUGUUCGAACGGUACGAUCGCAACGAAGCAUUAUUGACCCUGUCAACACAUCGCGAGUGAGUUCUCAAAGCCACAUAAAAGAGGUCAAGGCUCAUACAAGUGUCCCACAACUCGAUCAUCCAGACUUGGGACCAUCUAUACGUGCCUCUCAAUUCGACCUUUCAGCUGUUUACCGUGUUGCAUCUCCGAAACGCAAGCAAUCCUCUUUCUCAGAACCAGCUGAUCUGCUAUUGUGCAGUCCUGCUCGCAAGACGCGUCGCAGCAUGCGUGCACGAGGGAAGCUUCUCAGCUUCAGGAACAAGAUGCCUUCUUCUGUUAAGAGCUUUACGUUCUCGCCCCCACCUAGCUGUGUCGAUCAGCAAUACACCUUCUCGCAGCGUUGCCGUGUCGAAAGACCAGAUUCAUACUUCGACCAACCUUCUCUACCAGAAACGAUAGCAAUGUCAGACUUUGCGUAUCGCAAGCAUAAACUAGUCGGGAGGCUAAAGGAGUGGUGUCGCAGGAGAUGUAUUCAAGCGAGACCCUACAUCACGAAGCCUGUGAAGAGAAGGUCUGUUCCACCAGGUGGUUUCAUUGUAUGA